AUGCGGGUUCUUUGCGUUGCUGAGAAGCCUUCAAUCGCCAAGGCUGUUGCUGGGCAUUUAUCUGGCGGGAGUCAGCAAGUACGGAAUACCCGUGACAAGUAUAUCAAGAAUUACACCUUUGACUAUGACUUUGGCCAAGGUUGGGGCAAUUGUUCUGUGACUAUGACUGCGGUCCUGGGUCAUCUCACAACUACUCAAUUCACUGCUGAGUACAAAGAUUGGAAAUUUCCUCCGCCUGAUAGUUUGUUCAAUGCUCCAGUUGUAACAACCAUCGUUGAGGACAAAACCAACGUUGCCAACAAUAUUGAGCAGCAAGCUAAGUAUUGUCAAGGUCUUUGUAUCUGGACCGAUUGCGAUCGUGAAGGUGAACACAUUGGCCACGAGAUAUGCGAAGCAGCCAAGAAAGGAAACAGUCGCAUUCAGAUCAAGAGAGCUAAGUUUAGCAAUAUUGAGAGAGCGCAUAUUCUGAACGCUGCUAGAAAUUUGGUUUUAUUAGACGAAAAGCAGGUUAAUGCUGUAUCAGCCCGCAUCGAAUUAGACCUGCGUAUUGGUUAUGCAUUUACUCGAUAUCUAACAAACAAUCUCAGACCACUGGGAGGUCCUCUGGCAAACCCGAAGUUAGUCUUGAGUUAUGGAUCAUGCCAGUUUCCAACAUUGGGCUUUGUUGUAGAUCGGUAUUUCCGCGUUCAGAACUUCAAACCAGAACCGUUCUGGAGUAUCAAGGUUAUGCAUAAAAGAGAAGGAAUCGAUGUAAACUUCAUAUGGACCAGAGGCAGGCUGUUCGAUCGCGGUUCCGCAAUUGUUCUUUACGAACGAUGUCUUUCUGCAAAGAUGGCUGAAGUCAUCAAGGUUCAGGAGAAACCAACCAAAAGAUGGAAACCACUGCCCUUCACCACGGUUGAACUACAGAAGUUAGCGACUCGAUUUUUACACAUGUCAGGUCAAGAGGCAAUGACAGCAGCCGAGAGCUUGUAUAACAAAGGCUUCAUCAGUUAUCCCAGAACUGAAACUGAUCGUUUCGACUCUGGGAUGAAUCUCCGAGCUUUGGUGCAGAAACAGAUAAUUGACCAACGGUGGGGUCACUUCGCCCAGAAUUUGGUUGACGGCGGAUUCAACCAACCUCGGCAGGGACGCAACGACGAUAAAGCCCAUCCUCCUAUUCAUCCAAUUGCACAUGUUUCCGCUGCUGCUUUGAACAAUGAGAACGAAAAGAAGAUCUACGAACUUGUUGCUCGUCGUUUUCUAGCUUGUUGUUCGGAUGACGCAAAAGGUAUGGCUACGGAUAUCGACAUUCUUUACGGCGAAGAAGCUUUUCAUGCCCAUGGCGUUGUCGUCUUGGAACGUAACUACCUCGAUGUUUACGUCUACGACAAGUGGACGGCUACUGUGCAAUUACCUAGGUUUACUGUUGGCGAACGCUUUGAACCUUUUGAGGCGCUCAUGGCAGGAGGCAGAACUACUGCCCCUAGUUAUUUGACAGAAGCGGAUUUGAUAGCCCUGAUGGAUGCCAAUGGUAUAGGCACAGAUGCGACCAUGGCGGAGCACAUUCAGAGGAUACAAGAUAGACAGUAUGUUAGUGUUGUUUCAAGAACACGCCGCCAAGCAGAUGAUGGAGAUGAGGAAGAAGACCAUCCACCGCCAGCCCCGGCGGGUAGAGGUGGACGCGGCAGCGGUGGACAUGGUCGAGGACGCGGUGGCCAAGCAGGCACAAACACGAGAAGGGGCGCAUCCAGUCAGAUGGAAUUCAUUCCAACUCAGCUGGGCGUGGCUCUAAUAGAGGGGUUCGAUCGGAUGAACUUCGACACGAGUCUCGGUAAACCAUUCCUUCGAAAAGAGAUGGAGUUGAAAAUGAAAGCCAUUUGCGAGGGUCGAAAAACACGACAGGCCGUGCUCAAUGAGAGCAUCAGCCAGUAUCGACAAGUUUACAACCAGUCACAGGAGAAGUUAAAUGUCCUCAAAGCUGUGAGUCGCCCCUUGGGCAGCGAGCGAUUCGAGCCCGAUGAAUGUUAUUCGAUACUAACCCUCCAAUCCCUCAACAGGCGUGUAGACAAUAUCUAUUCCAUAAUGGUGCUGGCUGAUGCGGUCUCACUGCUUGAGGCAAUCGGUUUCAUUCUGCAUAUCCUACUUGGGCGAAUGAGCCGCUUCCUGUUUUUGUUUCGGUCGCUACUGAAUCAUGUUUCAGAGCCGAAUCCAGCAGCGGCAAGCUUUUGCAGCAGAAAGCGCUGGCGACUUAGUGAUCGACGAAUAUUCGCAGAUUGA